CUUGCCAACAGAGACAAAUCCAUAGCAGACAAUUCAGGGGUUCUUGGAAUAGAUGGAUCAGGAAAUAUGAACUCACCUACUCUGGUGGUGAUCUUGUUGAUUUUUACUCGAGUCGAUCUUCCACCACCAAUUUAACAGCUGUUUUAGAGGAUUCGGGCAAUUUUAUUCUGAAAGAUGCAAAUUCUCACAGCGAUCAGAUUUUAUGGCAAAGCUUUGAUCAUCCUACUGACGUAUUCUUGCCAGGGAUGAAGUUAGGGAUCAAUUGUAGGACUGGCCAAUCCUGGUACCUUACGUCCUGUUUGAGUAACAUGGUGCCAGCUUCGGGUGCUUUUACGUUUGAAUGGGAGCCCAAUGGACAGCAACUGGUUAUUAAGCGGCGAGGCGAGCUUUUUUGGACUAGUGGAUCAUUGAGGAGGAAUGACAGUUUCGAAAAUCUUGUCUGGAUGUCAGGACUUGUCUAUAGUUUUCUUAAUGUUUCUAAAGCUGAUGAGGAUUACUUUAUGUUCACAGCUGACAAAGAUAAAUUCAGCACCCAGGAGGAUGAGAUGAGAUUUUCAAGAUGGAUCUUGAGCUCUAAUGGGGGCAUAAUAGAGGAAUAUAGUGAAGGCUUAUUUGGAGGCUUAACCUGUAAUGGAAAUAGCUUAGGAAGGGGUUGUCUGAGAUGGAAUGCAGGACCUGCGUGCAAGAGGAGUAACAGCGACAAAUACGAGCCCCUUUCAGGUUACUUUGACUAUAAAUUUCUCAUUACAGUCGACGAUAACGCUAGUCUUAGCAUUAGUGAUUGCAUGGACUGAUGCUGGAAAAACUGCUCAUGUGUUGGCAUUGAUAGCAGAGGCGAGAAUUAUGCAAAUUAUACUGGAUGUAUACUUUUUCAUGGAAGUUCAUUAGUACUAGAAUCCUUGGUCAGCAUCAUUAUUUUCAUGAUCUUAUUGAAUUCCAAGCUUAAACUUUUCAUAUCAAUAUGAGCAGAAAAGUUUCUACAUGAGUUGAUGACCAUGGAUACAACAAAUUACAUAUAUGAGCUUGAGAAUGAUGGAAACAAAGGUCACAAUUUAAAAGUAUAUAGUGCUGCAACAAUCAUGGCUUCGACAAGUAAUUUUGCAUCAGCAAAUAAACUCGGACAGGGUGGUUUUGGACCUGUUUACAAUGGAAAAUUGCCAGAGCGGCGAGAGAUAGCCGUAGAGAUAGCUGUAAAAAGACUGCCUAGAAGUUUAGGA